AUGGAGAAAUGCUCUUUCGCUUGGACAAAAAACCAGAAAACGCCAGCUCUCCAUUCUGUGUCCUUGCGCGUGGUGUCUGGAUCAAUCGUUGGCGUCGCCGGUGCCAUUGGAACAGGAAAGUCUGCCCUUCUCGCCGCUAUUCUUGGUGACAUGCACUGCAUUCGAGGAGUCAUGAAAGUCAAUGGCCGUAUUGCCUACGUUCCACAGGUGGCAUGCCUGUUCAACAUGACUGUUCGAGAGAAUAUAGUAUUCGGUAGCCAAUUUGAUCCAAUGCGCUAUGGCCGUGUUUUAGAAGCAUGUGAGCUUGUACAAGACAUUCGGACCCUUCCUGCCGGUGAUAUGACGCAGGUUUCAGAAAAAGGUGAAACUUUGAGUGGCGGCCAAAAGCAACGUAUUGCCCUUGCAAGAGCAGCUUACAGUCGUUCUGAAGUUUAUCUUUUUGACGACCCUUUAAGCGCACUUGACACCAAAGUGUCGGGAAGGGUCUUUGACAAUGUUCUCGGAAGGAACGGGAUGCUUCGAAACAAGACUAGAAUUUUAGUUACAAAUAACAGCAACCUGUUGCGGAACAUGGACCAGCUGCUGCUCGUACAUGACAGAACGGUGUCUUCCUACCGAGAUGCCAAAGAGUUGGUUGCUCGUCAGAGUCGCUCAAGUCAUAUCCAGCACGAGAGGGUGCAUUUGCGAUCUGACUCAGCGCCUGAACUAAGGUAG